UCAUUUCCCAUACUUUUUUUUGUUUUCUUAUUAUCCAUAGGUUUGUUCGUUCAGUCAAAAUCUACUACAACUAAAGAAGGUCAGAAUGUUACCUUGGAUUGUUCUGCUUCAGUAAAAGGAGGAAUGUGGAGCUUCACCACUUGGUUUAAUGGGUCACAGAAACUUAUAAAAAUUGGUCCUAGUAAGCAAAUAUCAAUAUAUUCCAGCAGACAGAUUUCUGUCGUUGGCCAGGACUCUCUUCGCCUGUAUGAGGUUCAUCGUUUUGAUCAUGGGAACUACUCCUGUAGAGCUCUGUAUGUUUUUAAGGAUAACAUGAGCAUUACAACUGAAGACAUCAAACUUCUUGUUAAAGGUGAGACACAAAAACUGUACCAUUUUACGGUCGCGAAAGUCCCUGGGUAGCGAGCCAACUUUUCCCGCUAAAGUUCCUUACAAAACUUGUCAAAUCAUAUACAUACAUAAAUACAUGGUACAUACACUCUUUUAGCCAUUACGACUCCUGAGAAGAAGGAUUAUGAGCUUAUCCCGAACUCUCCCAACCCCUCCAGUGUUUAUAUCAGGCUAUAGUAAAAAGGUUUUCCAUUGCUGUUGUAAAAUAACUUUCCCUAGAAAAAAAGCAAAACUCUUUGUUUAAGGCACUGAUUAAAAGAAAAACUCUUGCCAGUCGCGAAGUGUUGGACACGAAUUUUUGUCUGCGUAAAAGUGAAAAAAUUUACACAGCAUGUUUGUUAAGAUUUUCCAAGUUUCGGCCGACGAGGAAAUGGGUAAAUAAAGUAAAGUUGUCGAUUUUUCAACUCAAAACCUUUUUCAAAUCGGUGCUAGCGUGAUUAGCGCGCGUACGGAAAACAUCUUCACGUCUUAACUUUGUUUAGGCGCCGUCCACACGUAUCGGGACAUUUUUGAAUGUGCAAAUAUUCGUCCACACGACUCUGGAGAGCAGAUUCAAAAAGUUCGGAUACGAAAUGACGGAAGCCGAAUUCACAAAGAAAAAGUUGCGAAUCCGGAUACGUGUCGACGGGGCAAUACUCUCUCGCAAACACGCCUCUCGAUCAAUCAUAGUGCUCGUACUAUCUUAGUUAUUUUAUAAACGUUAAUGUGUUUUACAAUAAAUGGUCCUACGUUUACUCUAAAACUUUGCAAAUUAAAGAGGACGAACUGGAACCCUUAACGCUGCAAACUCUUGAAGCUCCACAAAUGAGAAGAUAUCAGGAGCCUAUUAUCCUAAUAGGCACGGCAGGCGUGUUUGUAAAGAUUUUGAAAUACAUCACUGACUCACAGCAAAUUAUGGUACAAACGUGAAAACUUGCUGGUCGGUUAAAAGCUCCGGCCCAGCUAGCUAUCUUUCCCUUUUAGGCUUGAAUUUGAAUUCGAUUGUUUGGUCUCUUUUUGUUCAUCCUAGGCAAUCUCGUCAUAACGUUUUUCAUAGCCGUGGGUACGAGGUUGCUUCGAAAGGUUUUUGAGACCCAAGUAUUUCUAUUUUGUUUUCUAUUUUCUUAUUUCUUUUUUGUUGGCUACACUACCCAAUUCUCCCCUCCAGAUCGGUCCCUGAACGCAGAUGCUCUGGGCUGCUGAACAUUCCACUUAAAUAUGAAUAAUCAAAAUGAAUAUCACAAAAUAUUUCAAUAUUUUGUGAUUAUGAUUAUUGUGAUUAUGAAUACUCAAGAAAAAGAGACCUAGGCCUCUACAGAGAAGAUCGAAAAUUACGAGAGACGCCUUUAUUAACAAGUAGCAAAGGUUGGAGGUUAAAAGUGUAUCACUGUCAAUCUAGAAAAAAAAAGGGGGGGAGGAAGAACAUGGAAAAAAGUUUCUGAAUAGAAUCUUUAAAUUGAGAAUGAUAUUCAAUGUAAAGGAAAUAAUGGUGUUGUCAUCUACAUGAAUCCAUGUGUUACAUCAUUUUUGUCUUCUUUUAGCCCGCCCGAUUAUUAGAAACACAAGUCCAGAUGCUAUUAAUCUGACCCUGUGGUUACAAACACGUGACCUCAAGAUUGAUUGUGACGUCAGUGCGUUUCCAAAAGCAAAUGUCACGUGGAAGAAAGGUGUUAGACAGCUGCCAGCCGACAGGUUCAAACAAGAGGCCAAUGGAGCUUUACUUAUAACAGAAGCUUCAUAUGAGGACAGUGGGACUUAUGCGUGUACUGCUUCCAAUGAGCUUGGAACGGAUAAUGCUAAUUUUACAGUCAUAGUUUAUGGUAAUUAUAUUCCUUUAAGCAUCCAGUUAAAACCUUCGAUUUUUUUUCGAGUCACUUCAUAAGUUGCCAGAUAAUGCUUAACUUGUGUUCUCCGACCUUUUCGGCUGCAUCUAUACUGCCUCGGUAUAUAAAAGUCAAGCAUGUACAACUUUUAAAAUGGUAACCACAGGACAACAUAAUACAUUUCGCAUACUUGCAUCGCGAUUCAGUGCUCUUUCCUUUGUUGCAAGUUUGCAAGCCUUAAGUACCGCCAUAUUAAUGUUUUUAAAUUUAAUUAGCUACACAAGCUCCAUCUCAAAGCAUCAUAUUAUGUUUGAAUUUAUGAACUUCUUUUUCCAGCUCCUUUGAUGUUUGUCUUUUCAAAACGAAAUUUAACUUUCAUCAAAACAAAGGUCAGUCCAUCGGUUUUUUCGGCACUACCCAAAAUUCUCUCUGGGUGUGGCCUAAUUGUAGAUGGGCUCGAAUAACAACCUUGUUUUGUUGUUUCAAAACUCGUUGGUAAGUUCUGCUGUUAUGACACAUACAGAACCAUUCCUAACGCUAACAAAAUAUUAUUCGUAUCUCACAGAACCACCAAAAAUAUAUGGCCCUCGAAAGUUCCAUGCAAAUGUGGGCGAAUCAGCUAGAUUGAUAUGUAAAUCACGGGGUUACCCUUAUGCCUCGUUCACAUGGUCCUGGAAGGAUCCUGAAAACAAGAAAGUCACCAUCAGUGAAGGCGAGGAAAUACGCGGAUAUGACGUAACAACGUUACAUAGCCACGCAACCAGCCAAAGCACUCUUGAAAUCAGCAAAGUCACCAAGGAAAACUGGAGAAUGUAUACAUGUGAGGUGGUUAACAGCUUGAGCAAUGAUUCUGCUCUUUUUACGUUGUCUGGAAAGAGUAAGUAUUUUAAGACUGUAAGGCUGAUUCCGGCUGAUAAAGUUUAAUAUACAACCUGUAUUCUACUUUAACCGUUGAUCAGGGGUCCGAAAUGGUUUUAAAUGGAAGAGUAGAAUGAGUAAGUGCUCAAGGAGUCUUUAUUCAAUCAACUCGUCUUUUCAAGGAGAGAGAGGUUUCCAAAAACGCGUCGUUACAUUUUUUCUCGAUAACGGGUAAUAACAGGGAUAGUUUUUUUAGUUUUCUAAAGUGACGUAACCAGAUACCAACUCUUGAAUCGUCGUCGCGAAUCGUUGGGCACAACUUUAAUAUGUAGGAAACGAAAAAGAAGAAGAAGAAUUCUUUUUGGACAGUUAUUUACGCUUCGUUGUAAUAUCAAAACACAGCAUGCCUACAAGCAUCGCUGUUUGAGAAUCUAACUUCGAGAGCUGUAUUGCAUUUUGUUGCCCAUUAUCUCAGUAAAUCACAUGGACAAAACACUGGGUCUGAUGGCAAUUUGGCCAUGCUCUCUGAAGAGGCACUUUGAGUAAACACGCCAAAAGCUAGAGGCAUCUUCACCUUGUAGAAUGCAACCUUCCUAGAACGAUUCUAAUAACCAGAUACCCAUAACUAAACAUAAAGGUCUCGUUGUUCAUGUUUUGUACUUUUCAAGAGACAAACAGUGAGGACAGUGUAAAUCGAUUCUCAUUUGAGUAUUAACUAUGUUUAAGCUGUUUGCUUUUUAAAUACUUUCAAUUCAAGGUACCUAUUUUUUAAUCCUUAGCUCGUCCAGAGAGUCCCACUAUUAUUGCCGUUGAGACAAGCGCAUCCGAAGCUGUGGUCAAGUGGAAACUCGGUGACAAUGGGGGUUUGGAACUAAUUGCAUUGAAGCUCCAAUACAAAGAGGGUUCAGAGAACACAUGGCAGGAGAUUCAAAUAAAACCACCAAAUAAAUUCAAGCACACAAUUAUGGACCUACAACCAGACACCAGCUACAAGUUCCGUAUCCUAGCAACCAACAGCCUGGGCAGCAGUCCUCCUAGCGCAACGUUUAUUGUGAAGACCAGCAAGAUGGGUAGGAGAAUCAGUUGUUGAAGUGUCAGUUGCUCGUCUGAUUUAGUCAUUUUGGUUGGAAGGUAGAAGCAGACAAGAAGAGUGAUACUGUUACAGAUAACUGAACACUAUAUUAGCAGGACAGUGCACUGCUCCCCUUACGUUUAAGAAUCUUUGUAGGGUUUAUGCAGGUGUAUAACGUAAGCUAGUAGUCGCGAUCAAUAUCGAAGUGACAAACGUGACACAAACGAUAAACUAAACCCUUUAUACACAUUAUCCACCAUGAUUGUGCUAAUGCUUAUAUAUACCUGUAUCGUAUGUAGUCAGAACAGUACUUGUGACACUAUUUCCAUCUUCCUUCUGCAGAAGCCAGUGCUAGUGUCCAGCCCGAUAAAGGUUUCUUGGGACUCCCUAGUAACAUGACCCCAUUGAUAGCAGGCGUCGGAGGAGGAUUUCUGGCUAUUAUCAUCAUGAUCAUUGGAAUAUUUUAUUUUGUUCGAAAAAUAAACAAGAAAAAUAACCUUGCCAAUACGCCAGUGAACAGCCGUCCAACGAGUCAACAGGAUCCAGCCGAAAGGAACUCGGUAACACUUUUACGUAGUUUUUUUGUUUAUGUAUUUUUAGCCAUGUCAGGAUACUCACAAGUGCCCCAUCCCACGAAAAAAGCUUAUUCGGUGUUAGGUCUGUUAGCCCUACUGAAGGAAAAGUUAAGAAGAAAAGAGCUGUGGAAUAUUUUACCACUUUACUACAUUUGUUUGAGGAUCGAGCCAAUAGUGUAUAGAUUACAUAACCGCUUUAAUUACCAAGGCAAAAGAGGCGCGAAAUGGAGAUUAGGUAUCUCGUGACUACUGACGGUGUGUACUGCCCCGUUACGUUUAUUAAUGGUAGACUAACCGCCUAUAAAAUUGGGUUAACUGGAAAUACCCUAGAUUGUUUCCCUUGUUGAAUUGUUUGUAUUGUUGUUUGAAUAAAAAGCACUAGGUGGUACAAGCAGUGUAAAUUCAGCUUCGAAAGUUAAUCAUUUUAGACUUAACAUACCGAAUAUACUGAAAAGGGUUAAAGACAACUUUCCAUUUCAGUGGAAAAGAGUCGUUCAUUGUAAACCCUGCAGCCAAUUUAUAAAAGCAGAGUUAAAACCGCAGUUUAAAAUUAAGCUACAGGCUUUUAAGCCAUUAUUCUUAUCUCUGUUCUGCUUUCAUCACGGCGUUUGGUGAUUUCAUCGGUUGUCGUUGUUAGAUCAUGAAGCAACCUAACAGAAAAGAUUCGUCGACUUUAAAUCCAUAGAGGAGCACUAACCUGUGCUGAUAUUUUGUCAUUCUUUAAUAUGUUUUUUUUAAAAUUUCAGUUGUUGGUCCAUCAUGUUCCGAAUAUUCCCCUCCCCGCUCAACCAGAGAUACCCCAAGGAGCCGAAUCCGGCCUUCUGUGUAACAAUCCCUGGGAAUUUCCGCGCAACAGAGUGGAUUUACAACUUGUGCUUGGAUCAGGUGCAUUUGGUCUGGUGAUGAAAGCUCAAGCGCAAGGCAUCAAAGGAUGCGUUGGUAAAAUGCAUGUAGCCGUCAAGAUUGUUAAAGGUGUGUAUUACAUGUCAUUAGCUUUUGUUGAAAUAAAAUUACUUCUACGCAAUGACGCGCAUGCUUUGUAAACCCUCUACGGGCCCAUGAGUCUUCCGUUUAUUUUCCUUGAUUUUCUCAGGAUAUCUUAGGUCCAGUUCGAAUUGUUAGUUCUUUCGUUAACCUGUCCUUGUUUUUUGUCGCUACUUAUUAGAAACUGAUAGUGAAACAGCUAGAAGGGACUUGUUUGCCGAAUUGGAAUUGCUCAAGUUGAUCGAGCCUCAUCCGAAUGUCAUUGGAUUAUUAGGCUGUUGUACCAGGCAAGGUAUGUAAGUUAACGCGAACGUGGUUUGUUGGUUUGUUUGUUUGUUUUUUUUUUUUGUCGGAAAUAAGUGUCUAUAUGAUAAUAAUUACUGAAAACUGACAAGAACUGCUCGCCAGAAAAAUGUUUUACUGAGAUCACUUUGACUCUAUUUAUUUAAUCUCAGCCGGAUCUGAAAUCUACCACAUCACUGUGCAGCACAACAUAAUUACUAUUAUACGAAAUAGUGAUAAAAUUGCUUGUAUAAAUUGGGUGACUCCACUGACUAAGGGUUUACUGUGAUUGUGACUAUUUUUUGAAGAUUUGUCUCUUUCUUUUACGUGUAGAGCCCCUGAUGGUAAUUGUUGAAUUUUGCUCGUAUGGCGAUCUUCAAAGUUAUCUCCGUCACUGUCGCGGAGUGGAAGACAAGUACUAUCAAGACUUGUACAAAGUGCCAAUUGAAAAACUUGGUUCCAGGGACCUACUCUCUUUUGCGAUACAGACAGCAAGGGGUAUGGCCCAUCUUGCUGGCAUGAAGGUAAAGACUAUUUUAAUAUGAAAAAAUUGCAUUUAUUUCAGUAAGAAACACCUAUUAUGUGCUGAUGAUGGGAAAAGGAAGUGAGGUUUGUUGCUCUGACAAAUUCACCAGAUACUGAUUCGACUUGCUUUACUCCUGGGUUUCCCCAUUCGUCGUGGACUGCUAUGAGUGACAGGCUAGAUUCUAUUUAAUACAUAAUACAUUUUUUUUUCUCAGUGAGACCACUAAUCUGUAUCAAUUAUAUGUAAUUUAUGUAUUUUAGACUUUUUAGAAUAACUGAGUUAAUUAACUAAGUAUGUUAUUUCCUUUUCAUUUUUUUUUUAACAUCUUAACGUCCAUCUGUAGUUUCAGCAAUUAUUUACCUUCUUUCCCUUUCGGACGCUUUUGCGAGCAUUUGAAAACAUUAUCCGUUAAUAACUGCGUAAUUCAAAUUAAUAAAUUAUUGCCAUGAUCAUCGUCAUCGUCAUUCUCAAAAGCUCUCAAAAACGUAGUAGAUUCUUGGAACACUCAUCCUCUUGACGUCAUGUAAAUGGCUCUGCAUGUGCAGUUUGCCAGUGAUCCCUUGAAUCUAGAAAGUCAUCUAAUUGAAGCAGUGAUUCUAGGAACCGUACACUUUCUGCUCCGCUGAGGCCUCUUUGUGUCGUGGGGAGGCUGAGGAAAGGAAAAUAACUAGAAAGCGCGCGGGAAAAGAUGAGAAGGGGAAGAGAGCAACAGAGGAAGCUCUGGCAUUUUCCAUCUUCCCAUCAUCCACCGCUCGCUUACUAUUUUUAACUAUUUUUAUUUCUUUUUUUAAUGGCAUACUCAGCAGAAGCCUCUGCGAAGGAGAGAGGUACACUUGUGAUUUGAAUGUGGGAAGGACAGACCAGGAUCUUUAUGUCUCUGUAGACUUUAUUCCAAGUUUAAGUCAAGUUCUGCAACUUGUUCAAGAACUCAGUAGCUUAACGCACUAAAAUUGCAACAUUGUAAAGUCAAACAAUGAGUUUCCUUAAAAACCUUAUUUUCUUCAUAGUUUUGAUGUUUUGUGGCAGCUUUGAAGGUGAUUUGAUGUUGUCCUGUACAUUAUUACAAACAGGUCGUACACAGAGAUCUUGCCGCCAGAAAUGUCUUAAUAGACGAAAAUAAAGUUUGCAAAGUGGCAGAUUUUGGCUUUGCAAGAGAUAUUUAUGUAGAAGAUCACUACACAAGAAAAACGCAGGUGAGCAUGAUUGCAAAGCGUAUUAUAAACAUGUGCAUAAGCCCGGGGGGUUACUCCUGAGAAUUCUUGAUGGGGGUGUGCCCUCCGGUUCUCUAAAUCCUGACCCUAUUUUUUCGAUCCGUUAUCAGACCUGACCCCUAAUCCAUACUCGCUUUCAGACCUGGCCUCUGAGAAAUUUCUUAGAUAAGAACAGGAACAAAAACGAUUUCUUAAAAUCGGUUUUGAAUUCGCAUAUUUUUUUCUUCUUUCUUACUCGUUUGGAAUUGAAACGACAAAUACGUUCACACAGUCCUGUAGUUCCCUCGAUUAUCAUACCCGAUUCCAGACAAAAAUGGGCAACGUCUAUACCCGUUUUUAGACCAAAACGACGCAAGAACCAUACCCUUUGAGGCGGCACAUACCUACAUGCGUUACAUAAGGGAGUAACCCCUCCCCCCGAUGCAUGAGACAUAGGACACAGUUAUAUAUAUAUUUGGCAGAUAAUCUUUUUCUUUUUGGUAGUAAGCCAGCGGUUAUUUUACCACUGAGAAUUAUUUUAAACCGUGGAAACAAAAUAACAGCUUAUUGUUCGCGUAUUUUGCCUGUAUUUGACCAGUCCAGUCCAGUCGCCAGAGACUAGAGAAAACUAUACUUGCCCAUGUCGAUUGUAUACACAUUUAUCACACCACUAAGUGACAGUGAUAUGAAUUAUGAGUUAUAAUGUUCCACCUCUUUCAACAGGGUGGACGAUUCCCUAUCAAGUGGAUGGCAAUUGAAUCAUUGCUCGAUGGAGUUUCUACAUCAAAAAGCGACGUGUGAGUUAAUACAACAUAGCCUAAUCGAUACGAGGAACCACGCGUCUGCGUAUGCCCUGCUUGUGCAUAUCGCAGAAAAGAAAACCAUAACCGCUUUCACUACCUGGUGUGGUCAAAUUCCAUCACUACCAGGGGAGGUGUGAUGUAAUUCGGUAUGAUUUUGGUUUCUCGUAAAGGGUUUGGUCUUUACUUAAAACUUUUGAGAAAACCUUUAAUUCAAGGAACUACUCAACGCAGAACAAAGUUCGGGUUGCUAUGUAUUGUUUUAAGUUCUAUUUUUCACUGAACCAGACUUUGCUCACUGCAAACCGUAAACAAACUAUUUUAAUUGCAAUGCUCGCACCGCGGCAAAAGGGAACUUUUGAUUUUUCGACUAGCACAACUAGUCCCUGUCAAGUGGUCUUGUCUGGUCUUCUUCAAAGCCGGUACUGCUAUACUGAAGCCAUUUUAUCUUUCCGUAUUGCACUGACCUGAAGCCAAAGACGAGAUGCACUUGUCAAAUUAAUACUAUCCCGUUUAAAAGUGUUCCUCUGCCUCUGUGCCAGUUUCAAGUCAUGAUAUCACGCAGACAUUUACCUUUCUUAGGCCGACGUAGAUUUUUUUUCACUUGCACCACGCAUUCAUUCUCUUUCAUUUCUUCCGCAGGUGGUCCUUUGGUGUCGUUCUAUGGGAAAUUGUAACGCUAGGUAAGACCGUCAACAUUUUUUUAAAAAAAAUCUAUUCCAUUAAAAAUUCUUACGAACUUUAACAAUUGAACCUAGAAGUUGCAAAAGCAACCCGGUGGACAUAAAAUCCGAAGAACGGGUUUACUUUGUAGGGAAUAGGAAACCCCAAGGUUAUCAAAAGAAAUAUAUCUCAUAUUUUACUAAUAUGUCAUGGUCAUUGCAGGACUUAACUUGAAGUUUAAUUCGUUGGCAACAACAACAGAAAUGCGCUUUUUUUUUUCAGGAGCAUCCCCAUAUCCAGGCAUGAGUUCUCAAGAAGUGAUUAAUUUUCUCCAGGAUUCCUACAGGAUGGAUAAACCAAAACACUGCUCCGAAGAACUGUAAGCAAAUUCUCACGAUGAAAUGGUAAUCCUAAGUAUGACGCCGGAUCAGGCUGGUCCGGCGCCAUGCUCUGUCAUUAAAAUGGGUAAAAAACGAGUUGUCUGGGUUUUCGAGGGCUACAUCCAUUUCAAAAUGUUCGAUGGUACAAAAAACUUAACUGGUUUUGAAAUUUUUUAUGCAGGAGUAUUUGGAGUUUUACGAGGAGGUGGCUGAACUUUUGUCCGGGUAAAGAAAAGUGAUCGUCACAACUAGGUCGCCGUGUCACCGGGGAAUGGUGUAACAUUAAUGCAUGGUUUUUGCCUAGUCCCUGUACGGAGUUUUCCCAGGCCUUCUCGAUCAAUUCACUUCGGUAACGUAUCCUAGGCGAAAGGGCGGGAAACGGCCUCACUUCUUCGCUCGGACCACAUGACCCGUAACGCAUUGACCGCGCGGGAUAAUGAGGCCUAGGGACUAGGCAAGCGAGGUUCCACUAUAUAUUUGUUCAAUCUUUUUAUUUCACAGGUACUUUCUUAUGUUGGACUGUUGGCAAGUGGCACCCCAGAAAAGACCCACAUUCACAGACCUGUCUCAGCACCUCAGUAAACUGUUCAGCGAUGACAGGGUAACUAUCCGAGUUUUUGUCCGCAAUGGCGGCAUGAUGUUUGAAUUAGUCUUUCGCGGAAAAACUCACUGAAACUAGUACGAUUAUUCAUUCAAGUUGCCGCUCAAGAGCGUUUUACCUGAAAAUAACGGUAGACCUGGCAGUAAUGUUAUUCAGUAAGUUCUGAAAACAAAGCGGAAAGAAAUGCAAGUGGGAAAUAUACAGAACAGCAAAAGAAAAAAUAGUGUAUAGCUUCAGUAAAAGUUAAUAACAAAGACGCAAAGUAGAGGUUUGUAGCCAAAUAAACCUCUUAUCACUGAGAAGUCCCACCGUAUUUAAAACUGAUCUGAUUUGAGAAAAGUAACUGCACCAAUUUCUAUCUUUGGGACAGAAAUUGGUUAUUCACCUAUUCUUUUUUAUUGACGCGCUUAUUGAUAUUCCCUUCCUUGUCACUUUGUAGGAAUACGUAGACAUGAGAAUGUAUGAAGAAUCUUCGUACAUCAAUUUUGACGGCUCUUCUGCUACGAUCUAGCUUCCUCAACUAAGACGCGGACAUCUACAGGCGCAUAGUAAUUGAUUGAUAAAUGCCAAUCGUUUGCUUACGCUACUGUUUACUUUGCUCAGGAAUACAUUGACAUGCGGAUGUAUGAAGAUCAUUUGUAUAUCAAUUUUGACAAGACAUCAGGGACAUUGUCAUCAAAAUCAAAAUCAAAAUCGACGAGUGCAAGUCACCAGGAGUCAGCAAUGUGA